CAUUGUGAUAAGCUUAGCUGACUGUAUUUCCUUUCUAGAUGUCCUGACAGCCGACACGAAACAAAGACGGUUAUAUAACAGUGUGUACAUGAUCCGCAUCGAAACAUACCAGUACGAAAACCACGACCCUGUUAGCAAGUCAGUUUUGUUAAAGGACAACGCGAAGUUAUUAUAACCCGUUUUCACAAGACACACUUGAAUUGAAGGUAAACCCGUUGUGGUAUAGGUCACCUAGAUCGCCUGGUACAGGUUGGGUGUGUCCGCUGGAUGAAACAAACACCAGGAAAACAUCGGGUCCACACAGAUACGAAAUAGACAACUUAUUGAUAGCAAACUCCUGUAUUUCUGAUGUGCUGGUAAAGAAAUGUACAACUGUACAUUGCCAACAAGACAGUUAUAACGACGGCUGAUGUGAAACGGGGACACGGUGUGGAUUUUCUACAAAACCAGUUUUAAGUGUCACCGCUCAGGAGAAUCUUCAUGUAUGGAAUAAGGAUGUUAACGAAAACUUUCCGUGGUCUCAGGCGCUACAGGCCUGUCGACAUGCGCAGAAGGAAUUUGAAAAAGGUAUGGAUGUUGCUGAUAGUAAUGAUAUUUGCAACUUACUUCCUGGAUACCUGGUAUUGUUUCACCCCUCCAAUACCCGACACGAACCGCCCCGGUCACCCACACAAGCCUCAUAGCAAUCCUCAUCAACACCCGGGCCAGCAACACCCGGGCCAGCAACACCCGGGCCAGCAACACCCGGACAGUCAACACCAAAUGAAGUUAAAAGAUGCAGAAAUCGAUUACCAGCAAAUGGAACCGAUUAUCGCAUCAGAUAAACAUCAAGUACAACCACAACAGCACCAUCCGCAACAACAACAGAACAGGCAACAGCAAAUAAUUCAAGAUUCCAAAGCCACCACUAAAUCACAACCACCCAGGACGAGUCCUGUGACAAAACAACUUGAGAGCUGGAUAGUUGUGCUUUCUUCAACCGGAUGUGACGUCACGCACUUCAACAAAAUACCUGAAUGGAAAGUGGUGGUCGUCGGUAAGACUCCGAAAGGCUGCAAACCGUCCAGCACCUCUCGAUGUACUUACCUCAACUCUGGUAAAGUGAAAUCCCUAGGCUAUGCCAUCUCCAAACUCCUCCCAGGAAGUUCAGACAGCAUGAAGAUGAUUGGUUACCUGUACGCCAUCUCCAAGGGAGCCAAUGUCAUCUACGACACCGAGUGUCACAUUGUCCCGAAAUUCAACCGUGUGGACUUCGCAAUGUCCGGCAACACUACUAGCCUGGCAUUCGCUGAUGGCCCCAUCUUUAAUCCAUAUGGUCAUUUUGGAUACCCCAUGUUAUUCCCCCGGGGUUUCCCCGAGAGCGCGCUAUAUGUCAAGGGUCCUCAUCGAUACCGUUUAGUGGACAUAGAGGUUCCACUCAUUCAACAAGGCCAAGUGAAUUUCAUAUUAGGAAAACAAGACGUUUCUUAUCUAAAACUGACCAAGGACCACAACAUCACAUUUGACCGGUCUUCUCCACCUGUCUGUCUGUCUGGCAAUAGGUUUGGACCAAUCGGCUCGAUGAACACCGUGUUCCUAUACAAAUCAUUUCUGACUAUGUUCCUGCCUACCAAAUGCAAAGGUUCUUGUAGCACGGUGAGAGGGUACUUUGCGCAAAGACUCUUAGCGGAAAUAGGCGGUAGCACUGGCUUCCUGUCCUCAACAGCUUAUUCUCUAACGCCCCCUACCGGCAACAACAAAUUUGUGGUGAGUAAGCAGUCAACAGAUAAGAUCACCGAAAAUUUAAUCAGUUCGUUGAAGAACUGGAAAUGCAUUCCGAGUUUCAGCGCGUUUGCGUGUGCAAAAUCACUUGUUGAUCACCUUGCGAAGCAUUCGUUUUUGUCCAAGAAAGACAAAGCCUUGUUCGACGCAUGGGUCACAGACUUGAAGAAGUUCAACCUCAAAGAACCAACGAGAAGAACCAUUGCGGAUGUUGAUUCCAAUCCUACCCAGUGGAACCCACAAUUAACAUAUGCAUCGUCAAGGGUCAUCCCAGCAAAGAUUCUGUUAGGAACCGACUCAACCCAAAAGCAUAUUUCAAAGCACGUUUUCAAAAAACUAUACGACACGUGUCCCAAACUGAAGUACACCCUCUCGGAUUGGCUCAAUGCACCAAUAACGGACAUCAUGUUAGUGGUGAUAUUCAAUUACGAAUUCCUUCAUAAAAAUCUCGCGUACCUAGAAUUUUCUCAUAGGAGAUAUUUCAGACAUAUUUUAUAUUGUGGCCCAAGCUAUCCCGGGUUUGACAAAAUUCUCAAAGAGACGAAUAUGGAACAUAUUACAUACGUUGAAGGUGUGGAUAAAGACUCGUGGUUCUUUCUAUAUAAGUGCCUCGUCCAUGCCGCGAAUAUGAGACUUAAUGUGAAGGGUUAUCUCUACGUUGGCGACGACCUCCUCCUCAACCACUGGAACGUCAUCGAUCUCCCACGAGACACUUUCUGGAUGCCAAUGCCGGUAAGCUAUGUCGAACGGAAUCGGACAAGCAAAUACUGGUGGUACUAUUGGAAUAAACCCAUAGGAAGGAAAGCUGUGAAUCUGUUCAUGGAUGAUGUUCAAGAUUCCGUGAAGAGGAACCCCAAUGAUGCAAUUUUGAAUAAUUAUUUAAAGGAAUAUGGUAAAAAUGUGCAUCUUAACAGGGCUGUUCAUCGAUCGAUUGACGUGUUUUACGCGCCUGCUCGGUAUAAUGCAGAAUUGAUCAGACUUGGGAAGAUGUUUAGGAAACAUAAUACCCUGCUUGCACUCGCAAUUCCGAUGUUGCAUGCUGGUCUGGUCAACUUUAAAGACGCUGUUCACCUCAAGGGGAAAAGUUUGUGGAGGGAGAACAGGUCAAAUAACCUGGAGGCGUUUAACGUGGACUCGCAUUAUAUCCACCCCUUCAAAGCGGGUAAGGAUUUGGACAGUAAGAAAGGAAAAGACUUCUUUUGUGAUUAUUAUUUUCCACUUUCGGAAACAAAGUUAUUAGAGGCAAGGAAUAGAUUGCACAAGAAUAGGUAAAACAAAGCACCAGGCCGUUAUUGUGAUUGUAAUAGAAAACCUUGUGAAUAUUAGAUAUAAAAUUGUCUCAUCAAAUACAUAUUGAACAAAAAAAAGUUAGGGAUUUUGAAUAUGUUUUGUGAUGUUUUUAUGAUAUAGCACACAAAAUCACGAUCCAUAACGGUUUUUUGUUCAGUAUAUAUUGUUUUUUGACAGCGGACGGAAGUCUAAGUUGAAGACGAUCACGAAUGUUUUUUGCACUCGAGUUAAUGACUUGCCUUCUGUUAGUAUUAGUGAAAAUGGCUGUUAUGAGUUGUGAUGUGUUUUGAUGUGUUUGUGGGUGCUCAUUGUGGACAUGCUGCGCAAUGUUCGAGGGACAUAAAUGAAAAUAUAAAGUAUUUAUUUACACAGUGGGAUAUUUUUAAUAAAAUAUGAAAGGAA